CGGAUGAUGAUGGGAUGGGCCUCGUAUUGUGUUCUUCAUAGAGAAAACAUUUCAGCUCUUUGCAUUGCGGUUUAGAGCUUAGUGUGAUUACUUUAUAAAUCCUGAAGGACGCGACGACUGUGGCGAAUCUUCUCCUGCCCGCUGAAGAUCGGUGCUCAGAUGAAGUGGAGGAGAAAGAGGAGGAGUUUGACGUGGACAGAAGGACAUCUGGCAUAAGGACACAAAUAAACCAUGUCAUGAGCCCAGUUAACUGGGAGCUUAAGCUGCUACUUCCUCAAGCACUACGAUCCUUAUGCCUGAUAUCUGCUGUCAGCCCUGCUUCAGUGAUUGGAUACACUUUUGAAGGAUUGCUUGUUUCCCCGGCGUCCUCCAGACAACAGAUCCUGCUCAAUAGACUCCUGGAGUGCAGCUCUGUGUUGACCUGUGGCACAGAUGCCCAGGCCGUCUUCAAUCUGCACCUCUCAGAGGGCACCAAAGACUGCUAACAGCCCUCUGCCUUCUACCCCCUCUGCAUCUCCUUCCUCGCCCUCCUCUCCAUCCUUUCCUUCCUCUCCUUCCUCCACGUCUCCCGGAAGGAUGGAAACGGGCUACCCCGAGGAUGAGGACGGUGACCACGCCAGGAACAACAGGGUUAGCAAUGCCAGCGGGGACUGUGUCUCAUCAACGUCGUCGUCUCUGGCUCCUUCGUCCUCGUCGAACCCCUCACGUCAGCGUCCCUCGUCCUCCCGUCCCUAUGGCAACGGCCAAAGGGAGGAUACCGGGAUGGAGAUGUACGAUCCCUUUCAACCUACGGAAGGCGACGGAGGACCGGGGGCAGUCGAGGAUGAAGGAGAUAAAUACGACCCCUUCGAACCUACUGGAUCUCCAGUAUCAAAAAAAGAAGAGGAGCAAGAGAUGGAUGAGGAGCAGGAGGAAGGAGGUAGCAUCCAACACGACGAAAACGAAGUCAGCAAAAUGGAUUUGGACGAUGGUCCACCCACAGACUGGACCGAUACCCUAGAUCCGCCUGUUCCGUCCAAGGACGCACCAGGACAGAACAGAUUCAUCCAACUGAAAAAGAAAACUAGGGAGCGACGAAAAAGCUCGAGAGAUCGGCGCGAGUACGACUCCGAGCACUCAGAGAUUGAGGAAGGCGAGAUAGUGGGUGCGGGAGAGAGCCUCCGAGAGAUAGAAAUCAGGAGGGAGGUGCUGCUCCCGUCCUCCGGAAGUCCCUCGUUUCUGGCUGCCGGAGGUCUCAAGCCCGAGAGAAUCCUGCGCGUCCUGGACGGCGAAGAUUUCGUCUCCGUCCGAGCAGAAGGGGAGUGGGAACCGGAACCGGCGCCCCAAAUCGGUGCUGGAGACCUGAGGAGAAAACUCACCAACAGGCGUAAACAGAGAUUUAGGUCGUACCCUUCUUCGGCGUCCGUGUCGCCCCCUCCUGCAUCGACCGCCGCGCCGGUUCCGUCCCUCUCGCCUCCUCCGGCUCAGCCUCAGCCCGGAGAGAAAUCGACGAGUCAGAAAUCGUCCAAGAGCUCCAAGGAGAAGGAGGGACGCAAGCGAAAAGGUCAGGAUAAGGACAAACGGAAGAAGAGAAAGGACGGAAAGGGGGAGUCCAGUCGAGGAAGCGGGGAGAGUAAAGACCGAGACCCUGAGAGGCGAAGCAGAAAAGAAGGAAAAGACAAGGAGAGAAGGAGGAGCAGGAGUCACAGUCGAGGAAGAAAGACGACGCACCACAGCACUCCCGAACCUGUCCUGCACACCUCCCACAAUGCCUCGCGGCACGGCCGCAGGUCCUGGUCCAGAGAGCGUAACCGAGAUAAGGACAGAGAACGAGAUCGGGACGGGGACAAAGACAGGGAAAGGGAUCGGUACAGAGACAGAAGGAGGGAUGAUCGCGACCGAGAACGAGACUCCAGAACGAAAGACGGGCGAAAGAGAGAUCCGGACGAAGGGAGCAGAAGGUCGAGCAGCCGAGAGAGGGCGCAUGCCAAAAGGAGAAGGGACAGCAGUGAACGAAGAGACCAGGACAGAGACCGAGGGCGAGAAAGGGACCACGACAGGAGGAACAGCCGACCCGUCGUACCUCCGUCGAUUCAGGAUCUGAACGGCCCCGAACUUUUCGCCAUAAAACGCACCAUCACUGUCACCCCUGCGCCCGCCACCAGGCUUUCCAGCUCCCCUCCUCGUGCUCGGGUCUGCAGCAGAAGCCCUCAAGACUCGGACAAAUCCCGCAGACACAGAAGGAAACGGAGGAGACACUCUGAGGACGAGGACAGGCCAGUAGAGGAGCACCGGAGCCGAUCUCACAACUCGUCCCUCACUCCUCUUCGCUACCACGGAUACGAAUCCGACCGCAUGUCGGACCACCCAGAGCCAGACUUGCUCUCGUUAGACGGUGAAGCACUGGACUCUGAUUACCCUUCGCUGGAGGAUUCUCCCUUGCUUCCUCCUCCACCUGAGCCCCUUCUUUCUAGUCCCAAACCCAAAUCCUCACCUCCAAGGAGUAGCCGGCAUCACCAGAAGAAGAAAUCCAGAUCCGGGGGCAAGAAACCGGGUCAGACCGAGUCAUCCGCCUCAUCGUCUCACAGACCGAAAGCAGGCAAACCGUCCUCUCUGUCUGCCUCAUCCGGCAACACCAACUCCCUUCCACCUUCUGCUUCUGCAUCCUCCGCCAAGAGAGGGCGCAAGACCGGGAAGGACAAACUGGGCAAGAAGAGCUCGAGUCGUUCGGGCAGAUCUAAGAAAGCUGGCGGAAGAAAGGCUAAGCUGCAGUCGAAAGUGUCCGUGCUGGUGCGAGAGGGCGUCAGCAGCACCACGGGAAACUCUGCUAAGCUGGGUCUCGACCUGCUAGGACCCGUCGGACCCGCGGGACCCUCGGUGGGCGGCUCGAUAGCUGUGGUGUUUCGUCGGGACAACGAAAGUCGAUCUCCGUUUCUCAAACCGUGCUCAGAACCGCUGUCCCUACCAGGCAGGGCCAAAGAACUGAGCAAGACUGGCAAACAACGCAGCACCCUCUCCUCGGCCAACGGAGCAGGACUCAAGUCAAAGAAGGUCAAGCCGAGCUCGACCACCUCUACGUCGUCGUCGGCGUCUUCACCGACGUCGUCCUUGGCAGCCAAGCGCAGGCGAAGACCCGGGAAGAAACCGCGGGAAAAGGGGGUGACCGUAGAUGGUCCUGAUGGUAAAGGUGCCAACAGCAACUCCGGUUGGGCCGGAGCGUCGCCUGACAUCCAGCCUCUCAGUGUAGCUGGUCCCAAACCAUCCAGCCCUCCUUCGACGCUUCUUGGUCCCGUGCCUUCGUCAUCAUCUUCAUCGUCAUCGUCAACCUCAUCCACCAGCGUCCUUCCUCCAUCGUCCUCACCCCCCCACACUCCCCCGUUGUCCUUGCCACCCUCUCGAGACACUAGAGAGUCCUCUCCGGACUCGCAGACUGUAGACAGCAGCUGCAAGACACCCGAACCUUCGUUCCAUUCGGAGGAGUGCCCGGCUCAGUCACAGUCCGCCACCCUGGCACCGUCAAAGUCGCCCCCGACCCCCCCGUCCCCGAGGGGCGAUGCUGUUGUACAAUCCGCCUCCAAACCCCUGUCACCGGACGAACAGAAAGCAUCACCGCCAUGCCCCACUUCUUCAGCCCUGUCGGCUGCUUCACUCUCCAUCCCUCCUCCAGCCGUCGAACCUUCCUCAUCCUCUUCGGGUUCGGUGUCGUCGUCUUCGUCUUCGAUAACCAAACCGCUGCCGCCGCUGCCCUCUGCCAUUCAGCCCCUGCCCUGGAACCUGCAGACGGGCAUGGACUGCACCGCUGGAGGCGUUUUAGCAUUGACGGCUCUUCUGUUCAAGAUGGAAGAAGCCAACCUCGCCAGCCGGGCCAAAGCACAGGAGUUCAUUCAGGCCACAAGUCAGAUCCUGUCCCAGGCUAACCAGAACCAGUCACAGACUCACCCCUCUUCUUCUUCCUCCUCGUCCCAGAUCCCCCCUCCUCCCCCGCCUCCGUCACACGCCCCGCCCCCCGGUCCCGCCUCGGCCCAGUUCAUCCUCCACGGCUCGCUCCCGUUGGUCGGCUGCACCAAAACUGCGCCCUCUCACCUGCAUCCUGGGAUUUCGCUGGGUGGCGGGUGCGCUCAGACUCCGCCCCCGCCGCUGCCUACAGGGCUGUCGGGGUCGACGGGGGGCACGAGUGAGACGAGCUGGGACAGCGAGAGUAAAGACCCCGAUAAGUAUUUGAAGAAGCUGCACACCCAGGAGAGGGCAGUAGAGGAAGUAAAACUGGCCAUCAAACCCUACUACCAGCGCAAAGACAUCAACAAGGAGGAGUACAAGGACAUCCUGAGGAAGGCCGUUCACAAGAUCUGCCACAGCAGGACGGGCGAGAUCAACCCGGUGAAGGUGAGUAACCUGGUCAAACUCUACGUGCAGAGGUACAAGUACUUCAGGAAGCACGGACGCAACAUGGACGAGGAGGACAAGGAGGAGCGAGAGGCCGCCUCCCUGCAUUCAUCCACGUGAUUGGACGUCGGACGCUUCUGAUUCUGAACGAACACAGUUUGAACACGCCCCCUCCUUCACCGUACGCGGGAGUCCGCUACUGACUGCGCUGUCAUCACACGACGAACUGAAUCCAUUUUCCUGUCUCCUGCCUUUCAUUCAAACUGUAGGAUUAACGGGAGUGACUCAGAGUUUGCUUCACAAACAUGACAGUCAGAGAAACGUCUACUACGUACGGGCGCUACAUGGGCGUGGUCGCUCCCCGUAAAGAGGGAUUUGCGUUGGAGUAAUGUGUGCGUGUCAUGUAGUAGAGCUGGGUGACGUGAAAUUAAAUUCUGAUCCCAAAUACCUCAAUAGCCACGAUCUUACAAUCAGAAGGAACAUUUCAACCAGCUUGCUUUAUUAUUUAAUCUACAGAUCAAAAGUCUGACAGUUAGUACUGCUACAAUAAACAUGUAUGACAUGGCCAAAUGUAUGUAGACACUUCAAUCAAUGAGUGGGUUUGACUAUUUCUGUCAUAGCCGUUGCUGAAAGGUGUUACCAGCAAGUCAGCAGUCUCGAUCUGAUCAUCUCGGGCAGAAAUGGAAACUGAGUGCUAGCUCAACAGACAGAAAAGACAGCACUAAAGGCUAAAGGCUAUUAAAGCUAUGAAAAAGGGGUUCACGUACAUUUGGCUGUGUAUUAACAACACAACAUCUUUACUGGGAUUACAACAGAAGAAAGUUCAGUAAAUAGUCAAAUGAGAUUUCAAGCGUGUGAGUUCGAAUCUCAGCUCUGCUACCGACCAGCCGGGCACCUACACUAUGACUAGAUGAUUGGCUAACGUCUGCCGGGUGGAGAGCCAGAGGGAAUCCCUUAUCACUGCUGACUGGUCUGUGAAGUCUUGACCGAGACGAGGGAUAAUGGGGAGCAGUGCGUAACUCUCCGUACGCCAUACCGAUCCCUGUGUGAAGAAUUACACUCAUGUCAAAGUGUGAUAUGGAGGGUGUUAGUUAUGACCCUCCUUGGUCAGGGUAGGUGUUAGCAGCAGUGGAGGAGAGAUACAUCCGGGUAAUUGGAUAUGACUAGAUUGGGGAAAAAAAAUAAUCAGAUGAUUUUUUUUUUCAGCUAAACUCUGUAGUUUAAGUCCAGAACGAUAAAACACUACAUUCAGACAUGCCAGGUCUCUGCUUUUUAUCUAGUGACACAUGUGAAAUAAUGAACUAUCUGCUUGACUUGUUGCAUAGCCAAUCCACAAUGACUUUCCAUCCUCAAGAAGGUUAAAGAUUAUCAAGACUGCGUUAUUAAAACCAGAUAAAACUGUCAAUCUGUACGACCGUUGAUUAUCGCCCAGCUCUACUUCAGACAGAAUGAAUAUGGUCGAGUCUGUGGUUUCAGAAUGAAGGAUGUUACAUAAUUUCACAGUAAUUAGACUCAGCUAGCUUAAUGAUCAAAAUGUAAACAUGCGCUGUGAGUGCAUGCUCGGGACAGACGGCAGUUUCAUUCUGGCUCGUUCAUUUGCUCAUUUUCAUUGUUAUUUUUCUUAUUUUUUGUAACUGUACAGAAUUGAAUUACAGUGGUGGAGUGUGGGGGAGGCUGAGAAAACGGACUCUCUCUCUAGGGACUGUGCUUUGAGACCUUCGCCCCCCUCUCUCGGACUCUUAACGGAGUAAACAUCCAGAGGAAGGUGUCACACCUGUGAGAGGUUGGAAUGGUUGGAGAAAUGCAUGUGUUUUAGACUUUAUUUGUACGUCUGGAUACUGUAAUGACACUGAAGGGUUUUUUGCCAGUUGAGAGAUAUAAAGAAAAUCCUAGUGUCCAAUACGA